CUUCCGCUUUCCUCCGUCCUCUCACCCGUCAUGUCCUCACUUCUCCGCCGCUCCGGUCACCUCGCGCGACUUGCCAGUCCUACCCUCAACGCCACGUCCAGAUAUUCAUUCGCAGCCCGCAGACGGAUACCUGCUCCGCAAUGUAUAUACACUCAGCAACGUCUUCGGUUCUACGCUACUGGUUCUCCGAAAGACCCAAAUAAUAACAAGAAGGAUGACCCGACGGCGAAUAAGGUUGACGCCGACAAAUCGGAGUCUGGCAAAGAUAAACCUGCGGAAUCCAAUUCCAAUCCUACACCAGAAGCACCCAAAUCAAUGCUGUCGGCCCAGGAGGAAAAGCUAUUGGAUCAACUCGUGUCAUUCGUGACAAUAGGAGUACCGAAAUCGCAAAAGAAGGUUAUAGAGGAAGCCGUCGCCGACAUCAAAAAGAAGGGAAUCCCCAAAGAAUUACGCGAUGAGAUGGAGAGACUGGAGCGUGGCGAAAAACUGGACAUGGCUACAGCGGCAAAAAUCUCUCGGAUAACUACGAAUUUCGCCCGCGAACAAGCUGACAAGGUCCGGCAAAAGGAUGACCCCUCGGCAGAGCCUCAGCAAAAGGCGGGCGCACACGAUCCUGGGCCACAGGGAAAGGAGAAGGAGAAGGGAAACAACUCUUGGGGGUUCUUCUCUGGUGAAGAAAAACAACAAAAACAGAAUGCUGGUGACCAAAAACAACAAAAACAGAAUGCAGACAUCAGCACAACUAUUAUUUCAAGUCUCGUCUUUUGGGCCAUCUGGAGCGCGCUCGUACCUGGCGAUACAACCAAGGAGAUUACAUGGCAAGAAUUCCGUACCACAUUCUUAGACAAGGGCCUUGUGGAGAAGAUUGUUAUCUUGAAUGGCAACAGGGCGAAGGUGCAUCUGCACCGUGAAGCCGUAGCAUCCAUGUAUCCCGAAUCACCCGCCACCGCCAAGAACUUCUAUUACUACUUUUCCAUCGGAUCUGUCGAGGCUUUUGAGAGGAAGAUGGACGAUGCGCAAUACGAGCUGGGUAUUCCCAGCGCCGAACGCAUUCCCGUAGCCUAUUCCACAGAGGUUUCCUGGUGGAGCACAUUCAUGAACUUCGGCCCAACGCUCCUUCUUCUCGGUGCCUUAUUCUACUUUACUCGAAAAGCUGGUAGUGGCGGCGGUGGCAGCGGUGGUGUCUUCGGCAUGGGUCGGAGCAGAGCCAAGAAAUUCAACGAAGAAACCGAUGUCAGAGUCAAGUUUGCUGAUGUUGCUGGUAUGGAUGAAGCCAAGCAGGAAAUUACCGAGUUCGUCUCUUUCUUGAAGGAACCUGCUCGCUUCCAAAAACUGGGUGCGAAGAUUCCUCGUGGUGCAAUUUUGUCUGGCCCCCCCGGUACCGGAAAAACGCUUCUGGCUAAAGCAACUGCUGGCGAGUCUGGGGUUCCUUUCUUCAGUGUCAGCGGCUCUGAAUUCGUUGAGAUGUUCGUCGGUGUCGGUGCUUCUCGUGUGCGUGACUUGUUCGCCAACGCACGUAAGAGCACUCCAUGCAUCAUCUUCAUCGAUGAGAUUGAUGCCAUUGGACGAUCUCGAUCAAAGCAAAAUUUUGGUGGCAAUGACGAACGUGAAGCUACACUGAACCAAAUCCUUACAGAGAUGGAUGGUUUCAAUACAAGGGAACAAGUCGUCGUUCUUGCGGGUACCAACAGACCAGACGUUCUCGAUAAAGCGUUGAUGCGACCUGGGCGUUUCGACAGGCACAUCAACAUCGACCGCCCAACGAUGGAAGGCCGCGGUCAGAUCUUCGAAGUACAUUUGAAGAAGAUCGUCACCAAUGAGGACAUGGAGUUCUUAAAGGGCAGGCUGGCCGCGUUGACCCCCGGUUUCUCCGGUGCCGACAUUGCCAACUGUGUGAACGAAGCAGCACUUAUCGCUGCUCGUCAUGCUGCCGAUUCCGUUACCAUGGUGCAUUUCGAACAGGCUAUCGAGCGUGUCAUUGGUGGCCUUGAGAAGAAGUCCUUGGUGCUGAAGCCUGAGGAAAAGAAGACGGUGGCUUACCAUGAGGCUGGGCAUGCUAUCUGCGGUUGGUACUUCAAAUGGGCAGACCCACUGCUCAAGGUUUCCAUCAUUCCCCGUGGUCAAGGUGCUCUCGGUUACGCACAAUAUCUCCCAGCUGGCGAUACAUAUCUGAUGAACGUCAAUCAGCUGAUGGAUCGUAUGGCCAUGACCCUUGGUGGCCGAGUAUCGGAGGAAUUGCACUUCGACACAGUGACUUCGGGCGCAUCGGAUGAUUUCCGCAAGGUCACUCAAAUGGCUACUGCUAUGGUCACCAAGUGGGGUAUGACCAAGAAGAUCGGCUACAUCUAUUACGAAGACGACCAGCAAAAUCAAGCGCAGAAGCCAUUCUCUGAAGAGACGGCGAAGAACAUUGAUGUCGAGGUGAAGCGCAUCGUUGAUGAGGCAUAUCAACAGUGCAAAGACCUCCUCACUGCGAAGAAACACGAAGUGGGUCUCGUCGCAGAAGAGCUUCUCCGCAAGGAGAUGAUCGGUCGUGAAGAUAUGAUCCGCUUACUAGGCCCACGACCUUUCGAAGACCCGGCCGAUUUCCAGAAGUAUUUCAGCGGCGAGCACGGAAAGGUACCCGGUCUCAUUGAGCCGAAGGGUGAUUCUGGAGUGAAGGGUCCCCUGGUCCCGCCGUCGCCGGCAACAUUCAAGAGUAUCGAAGACCAGCCGAAGAGAUGA